ACCAACAGCUUCAGCCUCCCCAAAUGAUGAACACGAGACAGAUGGGCACUGCCCACGUUGACUCGUCUCUCGCCUGCACCGAGCCCACUGACAAACCCAAUCCCGCCCAACUGUGCCAUUGCCGGCGACGUCAAAGGCACCAAUGGCCCAUGCAUAGGGCACGAGACGCGACUGCCGUCGAUGCGUCUGAUGCCCCACUUGCUUGUUGACG